GUCCUUCUUUGCAGAGAGAUUCUUUGCCCUAUUUUACUCCGAUGGAAGUGGCACCAUCACCCUCCAGGAGCUGCAGGACGCACUGACCCUGCUCAUCUGCAGCAGCCCCAUGGACAAACUCAAAUUCCUCUUCCAGGUGUAUGACAUCGAUGGCAGCGGCUCCAUUGACCCCGAUGAGGUGCGCACCGUGCUGCAGUCGUGCCUGCGCGAAAGCGCCCUGUCGCUGCCGGACGAGAAGCUGGACCAGCUGAUGCCGGCGCUGUUGAGUGGGCAGACACCACAGCAGCUCCGGGACGAGCUGCGGCGCCUCCCCGGAGUCAUGGAGAACCUGACCAUCAGCGCUACCCACUGGCUGACGCCCCCCGCCUCCCGCCCACACCCCCGCCGGCCGCGCCCGCUGACUCGAGCCUACUGGCACAACCACCGCAGCCAGCUGCUCUGCCUGGCCGCCUACGCAGGCCUCCACGUGCUGCUCUAUGCACUGGCGGCAAGCGCGCACUGGGACCUCGGCACCAGCGUCAUUGUGGCCAAGGGCUGCGGCCAGUGCCUCAACUUCGACUGCAGCGUCAUCGCGGUGCUGAUGCUCAGACGCUGCCUCGCCUGGCUGCGGGCCACAUGGCUGGCUCAAGUCCUACCACUGGACCAGAACAUCCAGUUCCACCAGCUCAUGGGCUACGUGGUGGUGGGGCUAUCUCUUGUGCACACUGUGGCUCACAUUGUGAACUUUGCACUCCAGGCUCAGGCAGAGGCCAGCCCUUUCCAGCUCUGGGAGCUGCUGCUCACCAGGAGGCCUUGAAUUGGCUGGGUGCACGGCUCAGCCUCCCUGACAGGUGUCGCUCUGCUGUUGCUGCUCCUCCUCAUGUUCACCUGCUCCAGCUCGGGCAUCCGCAGGAGUGGCCACUUUGAGGCGUUCUGUUGGACUCACCUGUCCCACCUCCUCGUGUGGGUUCUGCUCAUCCUUCAUGGGCCCAACUUCUGGAAGUGGCUGCUGGUUCCUGGAAUCUUGUUUUUCCUGGAGAAGGCCAUCGGGCUGGCAGUGUCCCGCAUGGCAGCCGUGCGCAUCGUGGGAGUCAACCUCCUCCCCUCCAAGGUCACCCAUCUCAUCAAGCAGCCCCCUUUCUUUCCCUAUAGACCUGGAGACUACUUGUAUCUGGACAUCCCCACCAUCGCUCACUAUCAGUGGCACCCCUUCACCAUCAGCAGUGCUCCUGAGCAGAAAGACACAAUCUGGCUGCACAUCCCGUCCCAAGGCCAGUGGACAAACAGGCUGUAUGAGUCCUUCAAGGCAUCAGACCCACUGAGCUGUGGUUCCAAGAGGCUGUCAAGGAGCGUGAUGAUGAGAAAAAAAAGAUGUAGUAAGUGGAAAAGGCAGGGCUCCGAGAUGUUUUUGGAGAACCGCCAAUUCUGUAACAUCAAGUGCUAUAUCGAUGGGCCUUACGGGACACCCACACACCGGAUCUUCGCCUCUGAGCACGCCCUGCUCAUGGGGCAGGCAUCGGCUCACCCCUUUGCUUCCAUCCUGCAGAGUACCAUGUACAGAAAAGGAAAGCGUGUUUGCUCCAACUGCCAGCACUCCUGGAUAGAAGGUGUCCAAGACAACAUGAAGCUCCAUAAGGUGGACUUUAUCUGGAUCAGCAGAGACCAAUGGUCUCUCGAGUGGUUUGUGAGCCUGCUGACCAAACUGGAGAUGGACCAGGCCAAGGAGGCUCAACGUGGUUGCUUCCUGGAGUUGCACAUGUACAUGACAUCUGCACUGGACAAGAAUGACAUGAAGGUCAUUGGCCUGCAGAUGGCCCUUGACCUCCUGGCCAAGAAGGAAAAGAAAGACUCCAUCACGGGGCUGCAGACGCGCACCCAGCCUGGGUGGCCUGACUGGCACAAGGUAAUGCCAGCUGUUGCUGCUGAGAAGAAGGGCAAGGUGCAGGUCUUCUUCUGUGGCUCUCCAGCUCUGGCCAAGGUGCUCACAGGCCAUUGCGAGAAGUUCGGCUUCAAAUUUUUCCAAGAGAAUUUCUAGACUCACCUCUCCAAGCUCUCCCCCAAAUCCACACCAUGGGUCUGCUUCAUCGCAUUAGUAUAAGUGCCCCCACGGGGACCAGCUCAGACAACUCACCCAAUAAGACAAAGCCCAGGGAUUGUCUAAUCCUGCUCAACACGGAGAACAGGAGACCCCAAGGGGCAGAUGAAAUUCUUCUAGAACUCAGGGGAAGGGACAGUGCCUUGUUCAGUCUGCUGUGCAUUCCUGGGUUGCUGUGAAACUGAGGAAACCAGAGGCUGGUGGCUGGAGCAUGGGGAUGGGGCUCGAGGGGGCAGAGGGCAGCCACUCCUCCAAAAGUUUUCCGAGGGAGGCUUCUCCUACAUCCGUGGUCUCAGACCUGCCCAAUCAUCACAGUCAGUUGGAAGCGUGUUUCUCUGGCAUCUUGCCAAGUCGUUCAAACAAAGUGAGAAGAAUCAUACAGUGAACAGCGUUACCUGCCUUCCAAACUCCUCAGUUAAGAUUUUGCUCUGUUUAUCACCUAUUAUCCAUCAGCUCCUCCUCCCUCUUCCAUCUGUCAAUUUAUCUGGUUUUUUGGGUGCAUUUUUAAGUUAGGUGCAGAUAUCUCGGCACCCCUUGCCACUUGGAGGAGCCUUCUUUAAAUGCACGUUCCUUGGUCCCGCUCCAGAAAUUCUGAUUCUGACAAUCUGGGUAUGAAACCUGGAAUAUGUAUGUAUGCAAAGUCCAUUUGCAUAGGGAGAAAUAAGCAGCAUCUUUCCCUGCCCCUCCUUGUGUCUUUGUCUUCCCAUCUCCCUCCCUGUCCGGGUGCAUCCCUCCAGGCCUCUCUGGGCUCUGUACAUUGGCCUCUUCCUUCUCUCUGUGUGCUGAGUUGCUUGAGAACCAGGAUGGAGGCAGCCUCUUUAUGUGCCUCUCUGUGUUAUGGAAAGGCCAAAUGCUUGGGGAUGAAGCAGGCUAAGCCUGGAAGCUCAGCUCAGCCACACCCUGGUCACCCUGGCUGUGUGACCCUGGAAGCCUCCCCACGUGUUUUUUCAUCUGUGAAAUGGGCUGAUGCCAUCCCUUGGUCACAGUUGCUGUGAGGUGAAAUGAGACAUCAAGUGUUCGACAUUCCUCCGCCACUGUGGUGCAGCUCCUUGCUGUACCAGGCUUUCGUGCGUCUGCAUCACUUCUCUUCACCCUGGCUCCCUCUGUCUCUGUGUACCAGCCUCUGUUUGCAUCUGACCCUGUUUGGGCAGGAGGGAACGGCAGAGGCAGCAAAGGCUCUGUCAGCACAUGCUGCGGGGAGGAGCGGCCGUGGGCAGAGGGCAGGGUGGGCCUCACCUCCUCCAUCUGAGCUGGGUAUUUCCAUCUGCGCUACACUGUGAGCCCCUGUGAACCCCAGAUUUCUUGGGCAUCCUCCACCUGGCAGUCAGUCCUGCUAGGUUCUCUUCUUGACAGCGUAAAGCACCUUUCCCCAAGGCUGCCAUCAUGGGGUUGGAACCAGGCACAUUCCAAUGGGAUUGUAGCCGGCACUUUUUUUUCCCAAGGGUUGGAAGUCCAUGGUGGGGGAAGGGGAGGUGAAGAAGCCGGAUCAUAACCUGGAUGAUGACGUCCCUUAUCUAAGGUGGGGCUGGGAUGCAGUAGAC